AUGGUCUUUUCCAAUCUACAGCCGCAUGAGAAGGAGGCGUUUUUCUCGCUGUUGGAUGAGUACUUCUCAGCACGGCCUGAGAUAUUUGCCAAUGCCGCUCAUUCAGAUGCUCCCCCGUCGACAAACACUCCCCAGGGGGCAGCCGUGUCUGCAGUUGGUCGCGCCAUGGCUUCCAAUCCAGAGGCAACCGCAAAGUUUAUGUCAGCUGGUCUGAAACAGAUCUCCAGUGCUCGUUCUUCUGGUACUAGUGCUGGUGGUCCAAGUUCAAGUGCAUAUGCAAGCGCCGGAGCUGGGGAUUCCGAUAACGAGGGCCAGGCGGUCACUAGUGUGGCAGGCCGGGUGGCCGCAUUUGCAAACGCCAGAAAUAACCAACCCACGCCCUCAUCCGCAAGUUCUUCCCAAAUUGCUGAAAAGCCAUCUUCAGCCAGCAGCCUGGUUUCUGUGAAAAAAUUCGGUAACUCUGUCGACAUGUCCUCAGGCAAGGGCUUCAUCGGGUCUCUACGCAGCAAGCCCGCAUCGCCUCCCCAGGUAGCAGUUCCGCCUGCUUUUGCGCCAAGGCAGAAUAAUUUCGCUCCGCCGCCUAGGCGUACUUCUUCGUCGACAAGUACGCCUACGCCGGACCCUGCCGCUGCAACCCCGCCCCCUCCUCCCGCUCCACGCUUCCAACAACCAAAAUACGAAGAGCCGGAACCAGAACCAGAAGUACAUGGCGAAUGGGCAGAGGCGCUGUAUGACUAUAAUUCUGGAGAAGCGGGGGAUCUAGUGGUUUCGGAAGGGGACCGAAUUUUGGUGGUGGAAAGGACGUCAGACGACUGGUGGACUGGAGAAGUCAACGGGAAGAAGGGCCUAUUCCCGGCUUCGUAUGUCAAGCUUCUGUGA